UUGGUAAAUAGAAGCGGGCAGCAGUCGGGGAAGAAGCAGGCAAGCUCAGUCGUCAUCAGCAACAACAACAACAUCAACAACAACAUCAACAACAACACCAGCAACAACAACAACAUCAACACCAGCAGCAGCAUCAACAGCGGGGGGAGGCGCAGCACUGGCCGCGAUGUUUCGCAGCACCGGCUCCUUCGACCGGCUGCUGGACAAAGCCACGAGCCAGCUGCUGCUGGAGACAGACUGGGACUCCAUCCUGCAGAUCUGUGACCAGAUUCGUCAGGGUGAUGUCCCGGUCAAAUACGCCAUGCCGGCCAUCAAGAGGAGGGUCAGCGAGAAGAACCCACACGUUGCCAUGUUCGCCCUCCAGGUGCUGGAGUCUGUGGUGAAGAACUGUGGGCAGCUGGUGCAUGAUGAGUUGGCCACCAAGCAAACAAUGGAAGAGUUCAAGGAACUGUGCAAGAAGUAUUCGGACCCAGUGAAGUCGAGGCUGCUGGGUCUCAUUCAGGCCUGGUCGCAAGCCUUCCGCCACGAGCCCAAAUACCGCGUGGUGCAGGACACCUACCAGAUUAUGAAGAUGGAGGGAUUCACAUUUCCAGAGUUCAAGGAAAGUGACGCUAUGUUUUCGGCAGAGAAGGUGUGGCAGGCCCCUGAGUGGGUGGACGCGGAGGAGUGUCACAGAUGCCGCGUGAUGUUUUCCAUGACAACUCGCAAGCACCACUGUCGAGCAUGUGGACAGAUCUUCUGCAGCAAGUGCUCGUCGCGUGCCUCCACCAUCCCGAAGUACGGCAUCGAGCGGGAGGUGCGCGUGUGCGAGCCUUGUUACGAGCAGCUCAACAAGAAGGACCCCAACGCCAAGCCGGCAGAAGGGGAACUCCCCCCGGAGUACCUGGCCAGCUCCCUCGCGCAGCAGCCGCAGGUUCCUCCGAAGCGCGACGAGACUCUCUCCCAGGAAGAGGAGGAGCUGCAGCUCGCCCUGGCGCUGUCGCAGUCCGAGGCCGAAGAGAAGGAGCGGCAGCGGCAGAAGGCCGCGAUGUCGGCCUACACCCGCUCGGGCUCCCCCGUCGUGGCGUCCUCGUCCUCUCCCGCCAACACGCUCUACACGCCCACCACGGUGUCAUCUGCUCCCCCAGCUGAAGAACACGAUCCAGAGCUGGCGCGCUACCUGAACCGGCAGUAUUGGGAGCGCAAGCAGGAAGAGGGCGUGGUGGUGCCCACCACACGCCGCAGCCCCACCCCGUCCGCUCCUGAGCCUUCCCCGGCCGCCGCAACCAAUCCGGUCGCGGUCGAAGGGCACGUGUCGCCCAUCAAGGUGGCGGAGCAGUACCAGAACGGCGAGACAGAGGAAAACAACGAGCAGUUCCUACGCACGCUCAACAACGCCAUCUCCACCUUCGCUAACCGCAUGAAGAGCAACCACGCGCGCGGACGCAGCAUCACCACCGACACGGCCGUGCAGUCGCUCUUCCAGGCCAUCAGCAACAUGCACCCGCAGCUGCUGCAGCUGCUCAACGAGCUGGACGAGAAGCGCCUGCACUACGAGAGCCUGCAGGACAAGCUGGCGCAGAUCCGAGACGCGCGCGAGGCGCUCAACGCGCUACGCGAAGACCACCGCGAGAAGCUGCAGCGCGCCGCCCAGGAAGCAGAGCACCAGCGGCAGCUGCAGCUGGCGCAGAAGCUGCACAUCAUGCGCCAGAAGAAGCAGGAGUACCUGGAAAUGCAGCGGCAGCUGGCACUGCGACGGCUGCAGGACCAGGAGAGGGAGCGGCAGAUGAGGCUGGAGCAGCAGAAGCAGACCAUACAGAUGCGCGCGCACAUGCCUGCCUUCUCCCUGCAGUACGCAUCGGGUGUGCCUCAACCGGGCCCUGGCGGCGUGUACCAAGCGCCGCCCCAAGGGCCCCCCGGCAGCCUCAAGCAGGCGUUCAGCCCUCCCAGCUCGCUCGAGGGCUCCCCCAUGCACGGCACGGCCUACCCGGGCAGCCUCCCGCCGGGCCAGGGCGGCGUCGCUCCUCCCUACACCACCGCCCCUGCCCCAUUCAACCCCACGCAGCCACAGACCACAGAUGCAAACUACGGAGGGCAGUACAUGUACCCGGCGGGGGUUGGAGGCCCACAGCCUGGAGGGCCCAACCCCCAAGGGCCCUACCCCUACCAGCAGCAGCCACAGCAGUACCAGGAGGCGGUGAGCCAGCCGCAGUCUCUGCCGGCCGCGCCAGCGCCUGGCGUGCUGUCCUACCCGUCGGCCUCAGUGGGCUAUGCGCCGUACGGCAUGCAGGGGAUGGGGGUGGCACUGCCCGGGCAGGAGCAAGUGCAGGGGCAGCAGGGAGGCUUCCCGCAAGGGCAGGCACCGCCCGCCCAGCCCGGCUACCAGCAGCCCACCUACCAACCCGCACCCCAGCAACCAUUGGCAGCACCAGGCCCCGCGUCCGUCGCUCAGCUUAUCUCCUUUGACUGAGACGACACAGUCAUCUCCCGCCCACUCUUUCCCUUUCACACUACAUCCCUCUUCUCCUGCUGUGGACUGCUUUCUCUCACCCUUUCUCGCCCCCCCCCACCAACCUCAUCACCUUUCUCUGCCUGUUGCUGCUGCUUGUCCUGUUCCUAUCUGAGCUUCUCGUGUAGCUCGAUCUGCUCCUCUUCAUCCUCAACCCCUGCUCGUCCCUCGCUGCUCACCCUCCAUGGACUUCUUCUGUCAAGGGCUCGCUCGGCAGCAAUGCUCACCGCCGACGCCCCUCUACAGUUGCAGGCCGGAUCAGUAGCGCCUGGCUCCACGGUAAUGACACCUGGAGGAAUUCUUCAGCUCGAGACGCCACGCCGCGCGUGUCUGAAGUGGGCCGGAGAGAGGCGGUGAGAAACAGUUGUAGCGAGAGUCACUUUUAAAUUGAACGAGCGUCGAGCUGGCACCUUUUUGCCUGGGGGGGUGGUCGUUGAUUCGCUGACGAUUGAUGCCCUUGUGCUGUUGGCGAGUGGCGUUCGGCCAGUUUGUUGUGUUGCUAAACCUUCUCAAGUCUGCUUCCAGGAACGUGUAAUCUUCUGGGUCUGGUUUAAAUGGUGUCCCUGUGCACUGUGCUGGUUUGGAGUAAAGUUUUGCGUGUAACCGCUGCCAGUAUCGCAUUUUAACUAGUUUUGCCUGAGACAGCAGCGUGAUUCACCUGCGAAAAGAGUUGUCAAUGCGCCAAUGGCAGAGGUGGCGGGCACGAGGUUUGCGAGGCUAGGGAGUCUCGCACACAGAGCAGCGAGGUUUCUCCUACGCUCCCGUCGAUUGGCGAGCGAUGUAUGCAGCGCCGUGCUUGCCGCUGGCCAGGCACCGAUCCACGGGGCUGUCAUCUUCAUUUUCAACCCCUGCAUCCUUUUAUCUCUUCCCCGUCCAUCGCUCGCUAAGUUGGUAAUGGAUCGUGACCCCCUGCUGCACCAGCGGUGUCCCCCCACAGCUGUUUGGGUGGGUGGCACGCUGUGUUUGAAUCUCUUAAUAUUUUUGUCGAAGUAAACGCUCGGAGUUUCCGCGAUGACCGCAAGACACGGCCGUCUGCCAACGUGCACCGCGUCCAAUAUCGGCCGCACCCCCCCCCCCCCCCGACGGUGUUGCCAUUCGCAAUUUUCCGUGCACGAUCAUGAACGGUGUUGGUAAAUUUAAGAAACGUAUAAAGUAAAUAAGCUUAAGGUUAAGGUAGUAAGCGUGUGUUCGUCGCAGAGGGACACGGGCGUGUCAAGCCAUUGAGGCUCAUUCCUCCAUUAACCUUUCCUUUUAACGAAUAAAUAUGAAACAAAUGAGGUUUUUGAACUGAAAUGACUUACCGUGAUUUCUGGCGUGGCCUAGUCAUGCGUGUGCAUCCUUGUCAUUGGUAACGCUGCCUGUAAAUAUGAAGCGUACUCUGAAGCCUCGCAGUCCAGGGCCUCAGCUGCAGCCUGGUCAGGUGAAGUCUGGAACCCAUCGAUGGGGCCUCGGGACUGCUCCUGCUCCUAUAUAUUCAGCCUUUUCCCCCCUAGCUUCAAUUAUUCAAAACAAAGGUGCAGUCCUGCAAUUACUUGCUCAUGUCACUGCUGGCAGAAGAGCUUCCAUUAGAGCCCUUUCUAGAGGAUGUCUUGGGAUUCGGUGGGUAUGUACCCACACUGAUUUUUUUAUUGGUUCAAUGUGAAUUUGCUUAAAAGAACCGCACAAUUUGUUGAAAAUGCUUCUUAUAAUUUAUUCCCAACAUUCUGACGAAGCCCAUGACAAUGGCACCAUCUUGAACGCAAAACUCUUGAUUUCCCCCAAUGUGUCUGCUGUAACGGUCGCGUUGUCCACCACGACGUCACCACGCCGAAUAGGUGACGUCCUGUGGCGGUGACUGCACACGUAAAGCUUUCGAGUCGUGUGGACCGUGGCUGAAAUUCCAACAUCACAGCAGUCCACAUUGGAGGUUGAUAUACGAGGGUUGAAUAACACCGAUGCUGCGCCCAUUCUGAAGGUUUUUCCGAAUGUGAUACAGAAGCUUAUAGAUAUAGAAGGGGAAAACCUCUGAUCUAGCAACAUCGUGGCAGAGGGGUGGUGAAUUUAGAAUAACCAGUGCACAAUGCCGUUGCCCGCCAGUCUGUGUGGCUGCGUGUAAGAGCCUUGUCCUGCAAUAAAGUCGACUAUAAACA